CCUGCUCACGGCCGGCCCCUCCAAGACAACAAAGUUCAUCCACGCAAUCUUCCUCCGGCUACUCCGCCAUCCAUCUUCUUCCUUCCAAGCUUCUCCUUACUUGUCUCCCUUCAGUAUUCAGUGAUACCCGUAUCUUGCUCCGAUCACCCCAUCUCACGACAACAUGCCUGGUUUUUCGCAAGCCAACGAGCUGAGGGCGUGGCAGCAGCUCCAGGAGCACCACCAGUCUCUCGGCAAGGACAUUGUCCUGAAGGAGUACUUCGCGAAGGACCCUAAGCGCUUCGAGAAGUUCUCGCGCACCUUCUACAAUGAGGCCGACAAGUCGGAGACCCUCUUCGACUUCUCCAAGAACUUCAUCACUGAGGAGACCCUCGACUUGCUCGUGAAGCUUGCUAAGGAGGCCAACCUCGAGAAGCUCCGUGAUGACAUGUUCGCCGGCGAGAAGAUUAACUUCACCGAGAAGCGCGCCGUCUACCACGUUGCGCUCCGCAACACCUCCAACCAGCCCAUGCAGGUUGAUGGCAAGAGCGUUGUCGAGGAUGUCAACAGCGUCCUCGAGCACAUGAAGGAGUUCUCCGAGCAGGUCCGCAGCGGAGAGUGGAAGGGUUACACCGGCAAGAAGAUCGAUACCAUCAUCAACGUUGGUAUCGGUGGUUCCGACCUCGGCCCCGUCAUGGUUUCCGAGGCCCUGAAGCCUUACGGCCAGCGUGACCUCAAGCUGCACUUCGUCUCCAACAUUGACGGUACGCAUAUUGCCGAGGCUUUGAAGGAGUCCAACCCCGAGACCACUCUCUUCCUCAUUGCCUCCAAGACCUUCACCACCGCCGAGACCUGCACCAACGCCAACACUGCCAAGCACUGGUUCUUGGAGUCUGCGAAGGACGAGUCCCACAUUGCCAAGCACUUCGUCGCUCUGUCCACGAACGAGGCCGAGGUGACCAAGUUCGGCAUUGACAAGAAGAACAUGUUCCCCUUCUCUGACUGGGUUGGUGGCCGUUACAGUGUCUGGAGCGCUAUCGGUCUGAGCGUCUGCCUGUAUAUUGGCUACGAGAACUUCCACCAGUUCCUUGCCGGUGCCCACGCUAUGGACAAGCACUUCAAGGAGACUCCUCUUGACCAGAACAUUCCCGUUCUUGCUGGUCUUCUGAGCGUCUGGUACUCCGACUUCUUCGGUGCUCAGACCCACCUCGUUGCUCCUUUCGACCAGUACCUCCACCGCUUCCCUGCCUACCUCCAGCAGCUGUCUAUGGAGUCCAACGGCAAGGCCAUCACCCGCAGCGGCGACUACGUCAAGUACACCACCGGUGCCAUCCUCUUCGGUGAGCCCGCCACGAACGCUCAGCACUCUUUCUUCCAGCUGCUGCACCAGGGCACCAAGCUCAUCCCCACCGACUUCAUCAUGGCGGCGGAGAGCCACAACCCUGUCGAGAACAACCUGCACCAGAAGAUGCUUGCCUCCAACUUCUUUGCGCAGGCUGAGGCUCUCAUGGUCGGCAAAACCCCCGAUGAGGUCAAGUCCGAGGGCGCUCCCGAGGAGCUCGUCAACCACAAGACCUUCCUGGGCAACCGCCCCACCACCACCAUUCUCGCUCAGAAGAUCACCCCCGCCACUCUUGGUGCGCUGAUCGCCUACUACGAGCACUUGACGUUCACCGAGGGCGCCAUUUGGAACAUCAACUCCUUCGACCAGUGGGGUGUUGAGCUGGGCAAGGUCCUGGCCAAGAAGAUUCUUGCCGAGCUUGAGGACCCCAAGGAGUCGGAGAACCACGAUGCCAGCACGAGCGGCCUCAUCAACGCCUUCAAGAAGAAGUCUGGCAUCUCUAAGCAGUGACUUAUUGACGAGAAACGUUUUGGAAGCAUGCUAUAAUUCUGGGCGUGCCGGAGAACAAAGGAGUAUAAUUUGAUUCCAAGCAUAUAGCGAAUGCGAUAUAACGAAUUCGAUACAUAACUCAUACUGUCCUUCCUGUGG